AUGAGCCGACUCGUGGUGCUCACGCCCGAGUCGUCGCCGGCGCGCCUUUCGACCGACUCAAUUGCGCUCUUAGCGUCGCCGCCGCGCCGAUCUUGUGGCCGAUGGCGACUCCUGCAUCUCUCUUCACAAGGCACAGCGGCGUCGAGAAGCAUUGACUCCAGCCGACACGACGAGCUCGACAAGGUCGACGACGGUGUUCACGCGCUCCGACGGAAGCGCAAACUGGUGCUGAGCUUAAUCGCGCUGGCGCUGGUUAUUGUCGCAAUUUCUCUCGCUGUGAUUUUCACGCAGGCCAACGGACGAGCCGACUGUUCCCCCGACUCCAGCUCCAACACCACCUCCGAGCCCACCGACGACGCCAGCACCGACUCCAUCGCCUACCACAACACCGACUACGGCACCGACGCCGCCUUCGACCCAAGCAACAAUGCCAACGCCAACGCCAACGCCAACUGUGUCGCCUACUUGUUCGAAGUCUCGCGCAAUGGCGGCAAGACGUGGUACGACAUCAGCGUCAUUCCACCGGGGUGCGGCGAUGGUACGAGCUGGGACGCAUGCAGUCGAGGCGGCACCGUCGCGGGCUACAAUGUACCGCUGAGUGUGCGCCCGGCGCGGGUUGUGUCGGAAGCCGGCUACAACUGCGUGGACGUCCAGUGUGCCUCGGAGCAGUGCCCCGACGCGUAUCUCUUUCCGUCCGACAAUGUCAAGACCAAGAGUUGCAGCAUCGACGAGGUGCUCGUAGCGACGUGGUGCUAA